AUGAUUAUAUUCAAACCCUUUCUCCAAGCCUUAGUGGCCACCGUCCUACUCACACUGUCCCUGGGACGAGCGUCCCUCCGAUCCCCAUCAUACCAGCAACUCAUCCCGCAGUCACCUAACCACUGGGAAGAGCCAGGCUGCGAUGGCUCCGGCAUCGUCGAUCCAGACGGCCACUGCAAUGGUGACGGGAUCAUUGACAAUCCCCAGAACCCCCGAGACAAGGAGCGAGAAGGAUUCCGAUUCGACAAUCCUUCAACAAAUUGUAAAUACGUCACGCAAAUGCAUAUCUGGGACUCCUUCAAAGAUCUCGAGAAAGACAUGAAUAAGUUGUUUACCCUAAUCCACAAGAAUGUCAGCUUCACCGUGGUGGGCCACCAUCCCAUAGCCGGCCAUUAUAACGACCUGCUCCAUUUCUAUGUCAAUGCGCUGCGGCGAGUGAGUGUUCUGUUCAUGGACCAUGCAGACAAGUUCCAGAUCCAUCCACAGGCUAUCCAUGGGGGUUGUGAUAGUGCUUGGUCAGUAUCAGAGAUUAACUUCAAGGGCGUCAUGAACUCUGGGGAUGAUUUUGAUAUUGUGAAUGUGUGGGUGACGAGAUGGUAUCAAGACCAGAUGGUCGAGAUCCGGACCUAUAUAGAUGCCCCGCGCAUCAUGGAUGCCCUUCACAAGAACGAGCUCUGGUGGAAUGGUACCACAUUUCGUGACAAUGUACACUACAUGCCGGGACCUGCGGCGCAUUUUUGCUUGGUAGCAUUGCAAUUGGGUGCGAAAAGACCGUGCUGA